AACAAGCUGCGAGGCGGCGGACGGACGGACGAGAGGUGCAGCGGCGGGCAGAAAGCCGUCCGGACCGCACUGCACGAGCGUGCACCGAACCACCUGCUUUUUAUACGUUCUGUUUUGUUUAUUUUCUGCCAAGAGGCUUGCACGACAAAUGGACGGCACAACCUCGACGCGGUUUCUUCCACGCGCCACGCUUCAACACGACAGUGCGGGGAGAAGGUGGAAGAGACCGUGAGCGUCCCGGAGAAUUUACAUAUGUCCAAAAGCAAACUCCGGCGCCAAAGUCACCGUCGCGUCAACAAGAAGCAAAAAAAUUGUGAAGCUGUCUGAGCUUUGGCCACUUUGCCUAACCUCAUCGGGGGACGGUGGAGCAGCCUCCUGGUCUUCUUCCAGAGGCGGACUGGAAUCCCUUUACACCCCAGCGCAGACCUGGCGUCCACCUGUGGAUGAAGCCAUAAGCGCUCAGCCCCCGAGGCCGAAGCCUUGCCAGCCGCUUCCGGGCCACGCCCCUUCCCCCUCCUCUCGGCUGACGGAUGAGUCCGGGCCCGUUCAUGUCCGGUGUGCGGGCGGAAGCGCGUCGUCCCGUUCUCUUCUGCUGGCGCCAGCUCAAUUCAGAGCAGAGACACUCGUCGCGCAAGGGCCACUUUCGCACUUAGGCCGCCCCUCCCCGAGGCCGCCCCUCCCCGAGGCCGCCCCUCCCCCUUCCCCCAACCUCCACCUCUGGGGUUGCAUCGGAACCGCCUCCACGCUCCUCCUCUCGGGUUCCGUGGCUCCCCGUGAGGCUUUCUAUCUAUCACGCAUUUGCCUUGAGGUUCCUCCAGCUGCUGGUCAUCCGCUUGCGGCUUGGCUUCCUCAACUUUUACUUGAAGCUAGCGCCGAAGCAAAGUUUACGCACAACACUCGAUGUUUACACUCCACCUCCUUCCGUCCAUUUUGUGCUCCCGCUUGGACGGUGACGAGUUUACGUUUCAAGGGGUUUAAACGGGCCGCCUAGCAACAAGCUGCGUUUACACGAGCACGCAUUGACGUUUACAUUCAGGUGCCAGAUCCAAACUUUGCUACUUUUUAGAAGUCGUCCCGCAACACCCCGUUUUGUCUUUUUAUAACGCAUCAACACGACGAUGAAAGCCACAAUUUCAGCGGGGAUAUCUUGCUGCUCCCUGCUGCUUCUCUCCUGCCUUGCUGUUUCCACGGUAACUGCCGAUAACGAUGUCAGGCAGCCGCCUCCCGCCCCGCCGUCCGACAAGCGCGCCACCCUCUUCCUCCUCAGGGGCUACAAGGCGGCGGAGGACGACGACAGCCCCCCGCCACCCCCCAAGCCCCUCCCCCAGACCAUGUUGCCCAGGAACGUGACGGCUGACGCCCUCAAGCCCCCGCUGGGCGCCGCCCAGGUGGCCCCGCCCCCCAGGCAGCUGGUCGACGUGGACGUGUGCAGAGGCUACUUUGACGUGAUGGGCCACUUUGACAGCACCUUCAACUGCUCCAAGGGAAGCUACAUCUACUGCUGCGGCACCUGCCACUACCGCUUCUGCUGCGACCACCAGCGCAGGCGUCUGGACCAGGACUCCUGCACCAACUACAAGUCGCCCGACUGGGCCGAACCGCUGGUGCCCGUCACCGUGCUCGCCGAUAACAAGCCCGACCCGGACUUUGAGACGCUCCGGCAGCAGAACAGCAGCACGGCCUACGUGAUCGGCGGCGUGAUCUCCUUUACGCUGGUGGCGGCCGUGGGCGUACGGAUUGGCUUCGCCAAGGUGGCGCGGCGCCCGCGCAACCGAGACGCCAACGUGCCAAGGUCGUUGGUGGACAUCCUGCGUCACCAGUCCAGUCCAGGAGACAGGAACAACAUGUCGAUCGUCUCCGACGGACGCCUGCCCAAAAAAGUCUACACGCCCGUCCCGCAGAGCAAGGACAACCGCAAGCGAGGCGGGCGCAUGAACAACAUGAGCACACCACAACUGUCAUCGGGCCCAAAACUCAUCAGCAGCCGCGGCGGCGUGAUGGGCGGCGAGCUUUGGCGUGGCCCCAGUCACGCCUCCUUCUCGCACUCCUUUCACAACCUGGCGCAGCUGCCGCCCUCCUACGAAGCCACCGUCAAGCCCGAAAUCACCAGAUACAGCUCGCUCAAGAAGCUCGAGCGUGAGUGGGACGAGUAUCCUGGCUACCGCUCGGCCAAGCGGCGCUCGGCCAACGCGCCGCCAUCCUUCUACUCGUCGCAGCACCAGCUGCCACUGGCGGGCGACUACGUGACGGGCUGGUCGCGGGGCACGCUGCCGCUCGACGGCUGGCGGCCCCACCCCUACGAGCCCCCCUCCACACCUAACCCUUACCCGCUGCCCGCACGCUACGUUGGAGACAGCUUCGGUUUGGAGCGGCCGCCGCGCCGCGUUCGCUCGCAGGAUCAGCUACUGGCGCUGGGCGAGGGCAACACGCUGUCGCGCCUCCUCAACAACCAGCAGCAGCGCUACUACAGAAACCCAAUGGGGGCCGGCGGGAGGGGCGUCGACUCGCAGACGCUGCUACGCAGGUCCCACGAGCGUCUCCUGCUGUCCUCCGAGCGGCUUGAGGACCAGCUGCUGGCCAUGGGCCUGAUGGCUGAAGGGGCCGGCGGCGGCGCCAUGCCCACUGUGGGUCGCCUGAGCCACCAGCACAAGGCGCAGUCGCAGCAGAACAUCUGUGGUACGCCGUCCAUGGAGCGCCACCACAUGGUAAAGAUGAACUCGCACCCCACGCCGGGCGGCUGGGAGAGCCGCCCGUCCGCCCGACGCGCCGCCUUCGCCGGCAAGCGGCAGAACACCUUGGAGCAGCUCCACUUCAUCCCGGGCGCCGGCGCCCUGAGGACUGCCAGUAAGAACGAGGUCACAGUGUGAGCUUGGGGGAAGAAUGCAUUUGCAUGACGCCGGUAUGCCGUCCAUGUUUGCCGAACGUAAGAAGAACACACUCACACACGCACA